AUGGUGGACACAACUGGAGACGAAGAUCGUGAGCGCCUCAAAGCUGCCCUGUGGUACGCCGUCGGUCAAAUCGUCGACGAAGAGUCUCUUCGCCGCAACCGCAAUGCCACGCCGCAAUUCAUCGGUGCUCUCACAGAACUGGUCUGGACACAGAUUGAAAACGUGGCUACAGACCUCGAGAGCUUUAGCAACCACGCUGGGCGGUCGACCGUGACUACAGACGACGUGCUCCUUCUUGCCAGGAAGAACCCAGACUUGCAUCAGAUCAUGAAAGAAUUCGUCGAUCAGGCCAAGGCAGAAAAGGGAACAGCCAAGGGUAGAGGGGGUGCGAGUAAGCGGUAG